GCGGGGCGGGGCCGGCGGGCGGGGGCGGGCUCUCACGGGUCGCGGUCGCUGGCGCGUCUAUUCGCGGUGGCCCAGCGCCACGGCCAUGUACCGGCGCCGCGCAGCACUGGUGGGGACGCGGCUUGUCCGGAGCGGGAGCAGGUCGGCGGGCCGGCUCGAGGGGGCAGCGGGCGUUUCGGCCUCUGGGAUGGGGACCAGCACAUCGUCAUCUUUGGGGAACACAGCAACUACUCCCAUGAAUCAGAUCCAAGAAACCAUUUCUAAUAAUUGCGUGGUGAUUUUCUCCAAAACUUCUUGUUCUUACUGUACGAUGGCAAAAAAACUUUUCCACGACAUGAAUGUAAACUAUAAAGUGGUGGAAUUGGACAUGCUUGAACACGGAAGCCAGUUUCAAGACGCUCUUCACAAAAUGACCGGUGAAAGAACUGUGCCAAGAAUAUUUGUCAAUGGAACUUUUAUUGGCGGUGCAACUGACACUCACAGGCUUCACAAAGAAGGGAAAUUGCUUCCACUAGUUCACCAGUGUUAUCUAAAAAAAAGUAAGAGGAAAGAAUUUUAGUGAUGUAGGUGCUCAUAACUUUGCUAAUAAAAUGUCACUAUACAUUUAAAGUGAUAAUGCCUGAUAAUGCCUUUUAAAUAUUCGAGGGUAUUUUAAAUAUAUGAAUUAUCUUCAUGAAAAAGUUGUAAAAAUAGUGAACAAUAAAUCACGCUGGAAACC